AUCAUCUUGAUCUAACCCCCACCACAAAAAUUUCUAAAUUUCUAAAACAUGGCCGCAGAGAACCCCGAUUGGAGGUCCAUCAAUCAAGAAGCCUUCAUCUCCUUGGGAAUCGAACACCCUGAUCCUCAACAAUCCUUCUUCCGCCACCGAUUUCACCAACUUUACCCAACCGAGUUCUACCAAAAGGUUGUGGCAGAGCUGAUUGCAACGUAUUUGCUUGUGUUUGUGACAUGCGGGACGGCGGCAUUGAGUGUCCAUGAUGAGCGGCAACUGCCCAAGCUUGGCGCGUCCAUUGCGGGCGGCCUUAUUGUCACGGUCAUGAUUUACGCUGUCGGACAUAUCUCUGGCGCUCAUAUGAAUCCCGCGGUUACUUUUGCUUUUGCUUCUCUUAGGCGAUUUCCUUGGAAACAGGUUCCACUCUAUGUAGCUGCUCAACUAAGUGGUGCUACAUCGGCAGCUUUUACCCUGCGCAUAUUAUUGGACCCAAUUAAAGAAAUAGGCACUACUACACCUUCUGGUUCCGAGCCUAAAGCACUUCUCAUGGAGAUUGUUGUCUCAUUCGAUAUGAUGUUCGUCACUUUUGCAGUUGCCACCGACACAAAAGCAAUAGGAGAGCUUGCAGGUAUAGCAGUCGGUUCAGCUGUUUGUAUCACAUCUAUCUUUGCAGGGCCUAUAUCGGGUGGAUCGAUGAACCCUGCGAGGACAAUUGGACCAGCGAUUGCAAGUUCACAUUAUGAAGGAAUUUGGGUGUAUUUGGUCGGGCCAGUUAUAGGGACAUUGUUGGGAGCAUGGUCAUAUAAUUUCAUACGAGUGAGUGAAAAACAUGGACAUUAACUUUUUAUACGUUGACAUUUGCUCGAACUAUGACAAUAAAUUAGAUGAUGGAGAAUGUUCAAA